AUGGACGAAAGGGUAAGCAUCCGUGAUAAUACAAAACCUCUAAGGAAAUAUGGCAGUAUAAGUAACAGCACCUACUUUGUCCGCAAUGAGCACUUCAUCAAACAUGUUGUCACGGAAACGGACACAUUGCAGGGGCUUGCACUUAAGUACAGCGUGACGACUGAGCAAAUACGAAAUGCCAACCGACUGUUUACGAACGACAGUUUGUUCUUGAGGGAACAUCUGAACAUACCUACUUGCGAUAUCAAUGCCACUGGUACAAGCAACUUCCAAAAUGACAAAGGGUCAAAACUACCCAAUAUAUCACCGAUUGAAGAGCACAACAUUGAUGACUGUAAUAAUUUCUUAAAUAAAAUAGAUAACAAAAUUGCUAGUGCAAGAGCUCAAGUUAUAGAUAGUCAAGACAGAAGUGUGUACUGUCCAGAAGAACAAGUAUUAUUCACACGCCAACGAUUAACAAGUCGUAGAAUACAGGGUCCUUCAAUAAGUACAGAUGAAAUACCAUUAAUAGUGACCCAGAAUCUAAAGUUAAUGAGUUCACGGCAGCGGCUGGAACAAGAAGAAGAAGAAAUGUUUACUCUGUGA